AGUGUAUUUUGCUAAAUGCGCCACAGUUCAGUCGAAGCGGCGAACAAACAGCGGUCUGCACUCGGAGUUUUACAUCCACAUAAUCAAGUUUACUCCAAGGAAACGGUUUUAUUCUCAAGUUUUGUCCAUUUAACCAGGUGUAAACAUGGUUAAAGUCACAUUUAACUCCGCUCUGGCACAAAAAGAGCUGAAGAAAGGCGAAAAGGACGAGGCUUUAAUCCCACAGGACGGGGAUGUGGAGGAGGUCCUGCGGGUCAGGCAGCGAUCUUGGGCUUGGUGCUGGUGCAUGUGUCUGGGUCUGGCCCUCAUGCUGUCUGGUGUGGUGGUCGGUGGAGCUUACCUGUACAAGCAUUAUGGCAUGGAGGAGGAGGAGGUGUAUUUCUGCGGCGUGAGCUACAGUGAGGAGCACUUCAUGAUUCCUGAUGUGAGCGAGGAGCACAGGGCCCCUCUCAAGAGACUCGACGAACGAGUGCGGAUCCUGGAUAAGGAGCAGGUGGAGCUGAUCAGCGUGCCCGUGCCGGAUUUCAAGGACAGCAACGCCGCCGAGAUCUUACACGACUUUGUCCAUCGUCUGACCGCUUACCUGGAUCUGCGUCUGAAUAAGUGUUACAUCACCCCUCUGAACACGUCUGUCGUCAUGCCACCCAGAGACCUUCUCGAUCUGCUCAUUAACAUCAAGGCGGGCACCUACUUGCCACAGUCAUACCUGGUGCGCGAGCAGAUGGUUGUGACAGAGAAGGUGGAGGAUGUGGAGCAGCUCGGUUACUCCAUCUACAUGCUGUGCAAAGACAAAGACACUUACAAUCUACAGCGCAGAGACACCAUACCAGGUAUUCAGAAACGCGAGGCUCUCGACUGUCACAGUAUCCGCCAUCUUGAGAACAGGUUUGUGUUGGAGACGCUGAUCUGCGAAUAGUUUCCAGCACAAAGAAGCGUUUCUGAGAGAUUCCACUCAAGCGCAGUGAGAUGUUAGUGUGUCACCUCUGACCCCCAGCUCUUUUCCUCUCCUGAAGCUCUUCCUGUUUUUGGUGUGCGCGCGCGCGCGUUGGUUGGUGCGUUUCUGAUCUUUUCCUCCGUGCAGGGCAGUGGAGACAGACAGCAAAGAAAGUGUGCAUCUCCAAGUCUGUCUGUCUCUCUCUGUGAGUGAAUUAAGUUUCACAUGGGCUUUUUGUUAAAAAUAGGGACAGUUAUUUUGGUGGUAGUUUCACUUUGUUGCGAGAUCUGUUCAAGGAGCGCAAAUUAAUUCCCCUGAAAGGAUUUAAAACACAUUUUGUAUAGCUUAAGGCAUCUGUAUAAACAUAAAGCAAUAAAAUUCACUUUGUGUCUUUAUCAAAACUGUGAAAAUUUAUGGAAUUAAAAAAAGAUCACAGGCCAGUUGCUGCAUAUUGUACACUGGAAUGUGUGAAUAUGUAGAUGAGAGAUAUUACCAUGGCUUUAGUUCACCAUCUCAUACACUGGAGCGUCAUGAAAUAAAUACAACUGUAGGAAUUGUUUUAUUGUAUUUCUAUCGAUUAGUCUUUUUUCCUUAACUUGCAUUUCUUAACUAAUAUUAAUCCAACUCGAGUAAGUACACAACGUUUUAUUAUAAACAUAACCGCAUUCAGAUAUCAAGACCAAUUAUAAAGAAGUUUCAAUAAAUGCUUCCACUUUUCAUUAGUUGUGAUUUUAAAUAUUCAACCAGAAUUAGAACAUGUAUUGGUUUGUCUUAUAGUACACAUGCUUUUCUCAGUUGUGAUUUAUUGUGGCAUUUACAGUCCAAAAAAAAGUGUAAAAGGUUAAUUUAAUAAAACUGGACCACUUCAA